AUACAUGUUCAUGUACGUACAUGUACAUGUAUGUUUACUGCACACUAUUGCUUGUGUAACUCCGUGUUCAAGCAAACGUGCAUCGCCUACAUAUAUACAGCUCUUCCUGUCCUUAUUGACAGUUGUUUCCCUACUCGAAUAGAACGAAAAUUCAAAGGCACCCGCGACAGCUCUUUCGUUCAUUUGGUUGCAAUCCGAUUCAGAACAAUCUACACUGCUUAGACUGAAAGAUUCUGCGGUGGUGCGUGGAGAAAUCCUUACCCUUGACUGGUACAACAGGAAAGGGUCAGUGCACCACCAGUAGCACUAACCACUAAGGCUCGCGUCAGCCGGCGUACUUCGCCCAUUUAACAAUUGCACUGGUGUAUGACAGGGUUUGCCUCAACCCGCGAGUGAAGAGAUCCCGUGUUCCAUUUGUAUACCAACCAGCCAACCAACUGCCGUCUUCAGUCGUCACGCAGUCAUCAUAAAACAAAGUAGAUUUUUCUCAACAAAAGAGGGAAAUCACCGACAGCCAGCCCCCACCGACUGUGACAGUUUGGUCUGGUUGUGUUUUCCCGGAGAAUAUAAACCCCAGUACGACCAGCCUAAUGGCAUCGACUGAACAAGUUGAGGAGCAAGUUGCAGCGGUGCCACCGCUAACGCCAUCAACAGCGAGCCCGCUGACUCCUAAGCAAUGCCGGUUCUCACUGCUGAUUGAAACGACAGAUGACUUCAUGCCACGAUCUAAGACCAAUCUUGCCGGUGUGACAGAGGACGGUGGGAUUGAAGAAAGUGAUGAAGAUGACAAUGAGCGUAUUCUGCGCUACGUCGAGGAUAAUGUAGUCGGAAACGACACCUAUUUUCCUGGACCUUUUGGUGAAAAACAAGUUGUCUACUGUGACUACACUGCUUCUGGAAGACCACUGAAGUUUAUUGAAGACUACAUCACUAACCAUGUACAUCCCUUGUACGCCAACACGCACACCACGACUGGACUUAUGGCGCGACAGACUACCCAGUUCCGUAAAGAGUCCAGGGAAAUUAUCAAACGAUGUGUGAAUGCGACGGAUGAAGAUGUCGUCAUCUUCACGGGGAGUGGAACUACCGGAGCUGUGCACAAGCUUGUUACAGCACUUGAACUAAAGGGGGAUCGGGCCAAGAAAACGGUUGUGUUUGUAGGACCUUAUGAGCAUCAUUCCAACAUCUUACCAUGGAAGGAGACGGGUGCAAAAGUCGUCCGUAUCAGGGAUGCAGAUCGAGGGCAGAUAGACAUGAAACUUUUGGAGCAGAAACUGAAGUACUAUCAGCACAAGUCGAGAUUUCUGAUUGGCUGCUUCUCCGCUGCAUCAAAUGUCACUGGAAUUGUAACAGACACGUUAGCUGUGGCAAGCUUACUUCAUCAGUAUGGAGCGCUAUCCUUCUGGGACUAUGCAACAGCAGGACCGUACCUUAAUAUCGAUAUGAAUCCUGUAAUUGAAGUUGAAGAUGAUGACGAGAACGAAGAAAUGGAGUCUCUAGACUUCAGCAAAGACGCUGUCUAUCUGUCUCCUCAUAAGUUCGUCGGCGGAGUGGGAACACCAGGGCUUCUGAUAGCAAAGAAGAAACUUUUCAUGAAUGCAGUUCCUGGGUCAGUCGGAGGUGGCACUGUGCUUUAUGUAACAAGAGACACUCAUCGCUACCUUUCUAAUAUUGAAGAGCGGGAAGAAGGUGGAACGCCAGCUAUUGUAGAAUCUAUCCGCGCUGGUCUAGUCUUCAGACUUAAAGAGGCAAUUACCCCUGCUCUCAUUGAAGAACGUGAACACGACCUCUCUCUACUUGCCUUCAAGACGUGGCGACGGAAUUCUAACCUGAUCUUCCUGGGCAGCAAACGAGCUGAGCGUCUACCUAUCUUCUCCUUUCUCAUCGUCCAUGCUCCCAGUGGUAAAGUUUUACAUCAUAACUACGUGGCCGCCUUGCUAAAUGAUCUGUACGGCAUCCAGGCACGAGGAGGCUGCGCCUGCGCAGGACCAUAUGCGCAAGAUCUGCUUGGAAUCGAUGAACCCAUGGCGGAGCAGUUUGCUGAUUUUCUUGUCGAUACCACAAGAGAUGAAGAGCUGGCCAAUAAAGGAAAGAAAAAGAAAAAUGGGAAGAUGGCCCCUAAGCACAAAGCUUUGGAGAUAAUGAAGCCUGGCUUCACGCGGCUGAAUCUGCCUUUCUUCUUCUCACCGGAUGUUACUAACUUUGUUUUGCAAGCUGUGGAUGACGUCGCCACCAACGGCUGGAAACUGCUACCACAGUACGAUUUUGACAUGUACACUGGCAACUGGAUCUAUCGGAAUCCAAAGAGCGAGUCAGAGGAUUCACCCCAAGGGUCCACAGCAUCGCUUGGAGACAGUCUGCUUACCACCACCUUCGUCAAGGGGAAGUUUAAAGCUCCACCCAGCCCCUUCGUGUCCAGGAAGAAAUAUGUCCAAACGACAAAAUUUCAAGAAAUGCUACAGAUUGCCAGUGUAUUUUACAGCGAGGCUGAAGCAAAGUGUAAUGAGGUUCCUGAUUUGAAUCAGGAUGAUGAAUUUAUCAAUGGGGUUGGUGACCCCAACAUGGUCUGGUUUUUGCAACCUCAUGAGGCACUAGCGCACCUACGGGAUCCCAACCUUGAUCAGACAGACUCCGGUUCGGCAGCACCACUGAGGUUAAAGGUCAAGAACGUUCCGUUCAAGCCUAGACAGUCGACCGCUCGAGGUUCUCGGUUCUCUCGUCGAAGCCGCAAGUCUCACAAAAACCAGGCCAAGGAGACAGGGAAACAGACCAUGAAGAUGUGUACCGUACUGUAGAUAGUCUUGGAAGUAUAGUAGCCUAUCUGUAACGCUGAUGCAAUCUUGCUGCGUCAAGUUGUGUCCAAGAUAACUUCGAUGAUCGACAAUUUGGCCCCAGAUAAAAGUUGACAAUGCAUUAUACUGAACGUGACUCACCUUUAGAAAGUGGCAAAACAUCACACUCUCACCAAACUAGGUUUGGGUGACGGUGGUUUGGAUGACGAUGAAGCCACACAGGUUAUCGGAUUUGGAGUUUGAACUUACCAUGAAUGGAUGCAAGUGGAGUUAAAAUUGGUUUAAAGCAGAUCAACUGAUUGAAGUACCCGUAACCCCCUAAUUGUAAGAUAGUAAGGUGUAAUAUUUUGCAUAUCAGAAUGGUCACUGUAAUUUUAUAUUGUAGGCCUAACUUCAGUUUCAGAUAUUAGAUCCAAACAAAAGCGAGGUAUAAGAGAAUCGAGGUAUUCUUUUCAACGAUUUAUGCGCUUAAACACUUGCUGACAGACAUUCAUAUUACAUGUAUGUCAUGCAACAAUUUAGUUUAAGGCAUUAUCCUAACGCACGCUAUCAUUAGCUCCAUAAUUUCAGUAUACCUUUUCACUCCGCCUGGGAGGUUGGGAAUAAUGACAAACCAAUAUAUCUUUACAAUAACUUUUAAUUAUAUUAAUGCAUCGUAUAUCUUUAGAUAUCACGGAUUAGUAUUUUAUAAAGUGGAACGUCAGAGCUGUCGAAUUAACUUUAUUGGUAACUUGUUAAGAAUUAUUUUGCCAAGCGCUAUUUGUCAAAAAGUCAGUGAGGUGUGUUUAAAUUUUCAUACCAAAAGGCGUCUUUUUGUAUAAUGAAAGCUCUUUAAGAUGGUGUCAUACUACGUCUAUAAUUUAAUGGGCAACGGUUAACGAUAUGCUUCAAUACUUUAAAAUAUUUAAAUUGUCAUAUGAAAGAAUUAAUGCCUUGGGAUUAAUUUUACGAUAAGUGACCUAAGUUGAACUGCAGACAGUGAACCCCGCUUUUCCUUUUGAAAGCAAUCAUUUUUUGUUGGAUAAGUUAGAUUGUUUAAAGUUAUACCCAGUACCUGCAUUUCGUACGAGUUUUCUACAAAAUAAAUAGUAAAAAUAAUAUAGUAAAACGAAAUAAAGAGUAAAAUGAAAUGUUUAAUUU